AUAAAAGGUAGUAAUUCUCAACUCAGUUGUACGCAUAUAUAAUUUUUCAAAAACUUAGGGGAGGUAUUGUAAUUAACCAAAAACCAACUGGUACUUAAAAUAUCUUUGACUUUAUCUUCACUGGUCAAAGCAGGAAAGCCACUGUACUCUGUAUCCUCCCCGCCUGAUCUUGCAGAACUGACUGAGCAGGUGGCACCUGGGGAUCAAUUUUCACAUUCACUUCUACAGUAUCCGAUGAUUCCAUCAACAACCUUAAGCUUAUCGAACCUGCCAUCCACGCCAACAGCCUCAUCCUAUUCCCCUUCUUCCUCUUCUGCUUCUUCUUCGCCUCCUCCGGCGGCCUCACCAUCCCGGAAAAUCAAGCCAAGCCCUCAAUUAAACCGGUGGUCCCGAGCUCGGGCGGUCCGUUCGGGCAGGCCCCUCCAGAAAUCCAAUCUUGAAAACCGAAGGUCUUCUUCUUCUUCCGCUGAUAAUGGAAAUAUUUCUCCUUCCUCAUCCACAAUUAGUCGUAGUAGUAGCGGCGGAGAAGAUGAAUUUUCUGGCCCGGUUUCUUUAUUGGUGAAAGAGAGCGGCGGGGUUAAUGGAGCGGAUGAAGCUGAACCAGUGGCGUCCUCCGCAGCGAAGUCUAUCUAUAUGGUUUCUGAUGGUACUGGUUGGACGGUGGAGCAUUCCGUCACGGCGGCGUUAGGGCAGUUUGAUUAUUGUUUGGCUGAUCGGGUUUGUGCUGUUAGUACCCAUUUGUUCUCCGGGAUUGAUGAUUUGGAUCGGCUAAUGGAGGUUAUAAAGCAAGCAGCCUUAGAAGGUGCAAUGGUUGCCUAUACUCUGGCUGACCCUUCCAUGGCUGAAUCCGCCAGACAAGCUUGUGAGCUUUGGGGUGUACCAUCAGCCGAUAUUCUGAGUCCAAUAACUGAGUCAAUUGCUAAUCAUCUAGGUGUUACACCAUCUGGCCUUCCGCGGUGGGCUCCUGGAAGGAUCCGCUCCCUCAGUGAGGAUUACUUUAAGAGGAUUGAAGCAAUUGAAUUCACUAUCAAGCAAGAUGACGGGGCUUUACCUAGAAACCUGCACAAAGCAGACAUCAUUCUUACUGGUGUAUCCCGGAGUGGGAAAACACCACUUUCCAUUUAUCUGGCACAAAAAGGGUAUAAAGUUGCAAAUGUUCCUAUUGUCAUGAAUGUAGACUUGCCAAGUACUUUAUUUGAAGUUGACCCUGAAAAGGUUUUUGCUCUGACUAUCAAUGCUGUCGUUCUGCAAACAAUUCGAAAGGCAAGAGCAAGGACCUUGGGCCUUGAUCACGAGACAAUGUCUAACUAUUCGGAGAUCGACCAUGUCAAAGCAGAGUUGGAAUACGCUGCCAAAAUUUUUGCACAAAAUCCCGUCUGGCCUGUAAUUGAGGUUACUGGUAAGGCGAUCGAAGAAACAGCAGCCAUUGUGCUGAGGCUUUUCCAUGACAGAAAAAACAAGUGCUCAAUGCCUAGAAUAUCCAAACGCUAUUAGGCACAACGGUAAUAGUUGUUCCGCAUACUUGCUUUUGCACCAUAUCCCUAGACCAAAGCUUUAGUAAUUUGGUCUUCCUUCAGAAGGCUGUGGUGAUAUCCAGGGUUACAAUUACUAAAUAUAGUUGUAUUUCGCUUAAAAUCGAGUCUACUAUGCUGAAGGUAUGUAUUUUAAAGCCUUUAGAGCUGUGAUGUUUCAUCACUGUAUUACGUGUUGCCUCACUAGGUUGUAAAUGUAAUAAAUCAAUAGGUGCCACUGUUCAAUAAGUCAAUGAGCAAUACCUGAAAAGAAUCAGAAAUGCAUGAGAAUGAUGGAAACCUCUUAUAGUUGUGUGUAAAUAUUUUCUUAAAAUGACUGCAUAGCAAAAUAAAGAAGGAAGCCUCUCAUAGUUUGGUGGUUCAUACUUCAUACCUACUUGCUUGAAGUAUAUGUAAACAAACCAACAAGCAAGGCUUUUGGUAGUUUUGUGAUGCAGAGGUGCUUAAUAAUAGUAUAUUUUUUUGGUAAUUGAAUGCUGCUGAGUUUCUGA